AUGCCAUGCCCAAGAGGAGGAACACCCGAGCGAAGGACACGCAGGACUGGGUUGCAGCCUAUGGUGUUUCUGCUGCAGAAUGGUCUUCGAUCACAGCCGGUUCAGAGACCACAGCAGAACAGCUUCGCACUUUCUUGGAAGAAGGUCAACCACUGGUGCGUUUCAAUCGUGGCCUGGCGGUUGGAUCGUGCCCAGCUUGUCGACCUCCUGUACCUGUUAUACCGACUGGGCCAACGGCUUGCUGUCAGAGGACUUUGCCAGCCUCUCACCCGCGGUGAUCCGUUCCACCAAAACAAUGAAGGUGCUGUCUAUGGCAACAGUUUGUUGGGAGAGGCAUCACCAGCGUACUACUUGCUUGGCAAUGAUGCGCCAAAUGAAGACGACACAUUUUACGAACAGAUGAAAACCAUUUACGAACUCGAUCUGAGGUUUGGAAUUUUCAAUGAAGAGCACCUGGAUCUUGUUGCGCAGAAAUGCGUGCAACUCCUCCACCUCGCUAUGCAAAACCCUGAGGAGGCAGGUGAAUUUGCCAAAGCAACUCUGCGGCUGCCAUCAGCUCUGGGCCUGCAGCAGUCUCUUGCCCAGAAUUGCUGCAGUCUCUUUGUACAACAGAAGUUGUUUGACAGAGGUCCCAGCUCAUUGCCGCAGACUUUGGGGAAUCUUCAGAAGCUCCGCGUUUUUGAAGCCUUUGAGAAUGGAAGGCUGGUUGGCAUCAACGAGAGCGAGGAUAGCUGCCCAGGACAGUGGGAGGCCCAUGGUAGAGAUUGGCUGCCGAACCGUAGCCAGUGCGUCCUUGGCUAUGUGUCUCGAGCGGACAAAACUGCACCUGUGUGGCGCUGCCCGGUGCAUGGUUGGAACAUCAGACUGGAUGAUAUGUCUUUGCCCUGGUGGAGGUGGCGGUCCAUCGAGAAAAUGCACAUUGAUGCCAAUUUCAUCUAUGGACAUAUCCCCGAGGAUCUGCCCGAACUUUGGCCAAAUCUCCGCUCACUGGAUCUCCAUGAUUUGAAGCUUUCAGGGCCUUUGCCUUGGUCGUUGAGACGUCUGGUGAAUCUCACACAGCUGCAGGUGCAGUUGAAUGAUCUAUACUGCCCAGACGGCAUUGACGUAGUGGCCGGACUGAUGAAAAUGCCGAAGAUGCGCACAUUCAACAUUGAUGCAAAUCCCACGAUGUGUGGGUGCUUGCCGUCCAAGGUGCCCGCGCAUUUGAGGAUGCAAGUGGGUGAAACAGCUGUUCGCAUUGGCUGUGAGAAAUUGGAGCUAUAAAGUAAACACAUAUAUAAGUGAGGCCAAGACGAAGUGAACGCCAUGUGAACACCUGGGAUACCGUAGGUCUGAGAUGGUAGGGUCAUAGGGCCCAGAUGAGACUUGAGCAUGGGAGCUCAAUGACUCAAUGGAUACGGUGGUGUGCUCGAAGACGGACCCCUCGAAAGAGGUCGCGCCAGAGGAAGCAUUCGGUCUUUCGACCAACUGGCCACUUCAGAUCUGACUGGAUUCUGUCAUGGACUCUGUAUGCAGCGAAGACCGGA